AUGGCCACUGCCGUUGAGGCAGCUGCUAUUAACCAGAGAGCUACUCCAACUCAGCCUGAUUGGUUCAAAACUUCGCCCGAUCUCUACACUGGGACUGUCGCGACCGGCGCUGCUCCUUUCCUUGCUGAGAUUAACCCCGCACCUUUUGGCGAUGCUACCUAUGCUCCUAAUGCUCCAUUGGAGACGUCGGAACCAAUUGAUGGUGCGAAGGGACAGAACAUCUUCCACCUCAUGGGUGAUCUGAGCCCUUAUUUCUCGCCAUCUGAGGGCUUCGGUGUCGAUGAGUACCCCCUGCCAAAGGGUGCUAAUAUCACGCAGAUGCACAUGCUUCAACGUCACGGUGCACGAUACCCCUCAUCGUCGGAGGGCCUGGACUCUUGGGGUGCUGGUAUCGUUAAUGCCACCGCUAAAGGAACUGUUUUCCAAGGCAAACUUGCUUUCUUGAACGACUGGUCAUACAAGCUGGGCAAGGAGAUUCUUGUUCCCCAAGGUCGUCAGGAACUGUUUGACGCCGGUGUCUUGAACUACUACAACUACGGCCAGCUGUAUGAUAACACUACCUCCAAGCUGGUGGUUCGUACCACUCUGCAGUCUCGGAUGCUUGAGAGCUGCGAGAAUUUCUUGGCUGGCUUCUUCGGUCUGAACUGGAGGGACCAUGCCAGCAUUUUGGCCACUAUUGACCCAGCUACCACUGGAGAGAUCACUUGCACCAAUGAAGCGACAACCAUGAUGCAGACAAUCCAAGUCCCUGUAGGUACUUGGAUGACCACUUAUCUCAAAGACCGCACUGCUGAGCUCAAGCGUCUGACGGGCAACUACAACUGGACUGUUACCGAUACAUACCACGCACAGGCUCUCUGCCCUUACGAGACUAUCAGUUUCGGUUACAGUGAAUUCUGCCAGCUGUUCGACUAUGAGGAUUGGGAGAACUUUGCGUAUCUCAUGGAUAUCGAGUUUGCUGGUCUUUCCGGCUUCCACAGCCCUACUGGUCGCGCCCAGGGUAUUGCCUGGGUUGAAGAGUUCCUGGCUCGCGUCGAGGGUCAUCUUCUUGACGUCCCAGCAGACAAAACUGGUGCUAACAUGACUCUCGACACCAACCCACUCACCUUCCCUCUUGACCAGAAGCUUUACCUGGAGUUCACCCAUGAUGCCAACAUCGUCUCGGUCUUGACUGCAUUCAGUUUGACCCAGUUUGCCGAUGCUCUCCCUCUCACUGGUCCCACCAAGAAGCAGCAGUUCCAUACCAGCCGAAUUGUUCCAUUCGCUGGACGUCUGAACAUUGAAAUCAUCUCGGCGCCGCACAAGGUUUCAACCAAGCGCUCAUCUAAAGCCACCAAGAAGGGUGACUAUAUUGCCGGCACCGCCCCGACCAAGUACGUUCAUUUCAUUCAGAACCAGCGCACCAUUCCACUGCACUCCAGCUUCGACGAGUGUGAAUAUCGCGAGGAUGGCUGGUGUGAGCUGUCAACCUUUUUGAAGGUCCAGAAGCAAAGCUUGGACAACGCUCAGUAUCAGUAUGCCUGCUUUGGCAACUGGACUAUGAAGAGCUGGGGUGCGGUUAACAACGGCGUGCCUGCGUAA